GACCCGUGCGUGGUUCGACAAGUGUAGUGUGUCUGUUGGUUAUCCAAGGAAUAAUGUGAGCACUGGGGAAAGCCAGCAUCCACAACUUUAAAACUUUGCUGGACAAAACUUUUUUGUGACAGGACUGGCUGAACAGAUCUCGGGGCAAGCAACUCAGCGGCCAGACUCGAGCGCUCUCCUUUCUCUGAAGCCAGUGGAUUGGAGCAAAUUCUAUUGUGAUGCUAAAAUGAAGUCGGAAGAGGGAAAAGGCUGACAAACGAUCAAACGUGAAGCUCUCCACGGAAUGGUAGCAUACACAGUAAAACUUUUUCAAAAAGGGAUAUAACUUUUGCACUUAGUUUGUAAUUUUAUUUUUCUAUAGAACUGUGAUGCCGCUUGUUUUUGUUUUAACACUUGGUUACAAUUCAUUUGCAUUUUCAUCGGGACUUGACCUAAUAUUUACACUGCCAAUCCCUCGUUACUGUCUGACUAAGAAUUUAGUAAUGCACGGAAAUGAUUUAUCAAACAGGAGUGGACAGUCUUAUCUUGCCAUGUGUGGUUUCUGAGAAGAAGUUGGAAAGGACAGAAAAUAACCACAUUUCUUUGGUCCUCGAUUCAUCCUCUCAAGUGGGCUUUGGUUGAGUGAGCCGGAGAGGACUGCCGACGGUCCACACCUCUUUUCCCCUCUGUUGCCGACUAUGGAUAACAGCUUUACCGGCUCUAACAGCACCGUGUUCCAGAGGGGAAAGUCACUGUAUGUGCAAGCACGGCUCCAGGGUGGAGCUCCCUGGGGGUUUACGCUCAAAGGUGGCCUUGAACAUGGAGAGGCGCUCAUCAUCUCUAAGGUUGAGGAGGGAGGGAAAGCAGACCAGUUGGAGCAUCCCCUGCAGGCGGGCGACCAGGUGGUCAUCAUCAACGACGUGGAGCUAAGCGGCUUCAGACAGGAGGCCAUCUCUCUGGUCAAAGGCUCCUACAAGACCCUCUGGCUGACCGUCCGCAGGGAGUGCUGCCCCAACGCGUGCUGCUCAGACGCCUGUGCCCAGUCCUGCCCGUCCACCCACAGCACCCCCCGCCACAGCAGAGCAUGCUCGGGAGGAGUCAAGCUGCGCAUUAAAAACAGACGGAGCGAGCCCGCAUCCCGUCCCCACUCGUGGCACUCCACCAAGCUGGGCGACGGCCUGCAGGACCCCAGCAUGAUGCAAAUAUCCCCGGGCAGCAUGGGAGCUCCCUGGCCCCCGAACUACCAUUCCAGCUCCUCCACCACUGACCUGGCCUAUGAGGCCGGCUUCUUGCGCAAGAGCCCCGACCAGUACAGCUCGCGGGGCAGCAUGGAGAGCCUGGACCCCCCCAACCCGGCCUACAGCUCCUGCCACCAGCUCUCGGCCUCCAAGUCCUCCAACAGCAUCGACCACCUGCACAGCAAGCGCGACUCGGCCUACAGCUCCUUCUCCACCAGCUCCAGCAUCCCCGAGUACCUGGCGGCGGGCCCCCCGUCGCUGGGCGGCCGCGAGCGCUCCUGCUCCAUGGAGCACGUGCCCCAGAGCCGCGCCGGUGCCGAGGGCAUGCAGCAGGCCGACAUCCGCUACGUGCGCACCGUCUACGACCCGCAGGGCGUGUCCGAGGAGCACGAGGUCAGCUCCGCCUCGCUGGGCCGAGGGAACGACGGGCGCUCGCAAGCCCGAGGAGGAGGAGGAAGUCAUCGCCCUAGUAGUAGCAGUAGCAGCAGCAGCAGUGGUGGCUCUUCAGCUUCCCACCGCCACAGCGUGGGCCCCGUGUGGGGCAACCACAGCCGCAGUUCCUGCGAGAGCCUGAAGGGGGCGCCAGCGCCUCCGCUGCGCAGCGACAGCUUCGCCGCCAUCCGCAACCACGAGCGGCCCAACUCCUGGUCCAGCCUGGAGCAGGCCCGCUCGCUGCGCGCCCUGCACAAGGGCGCCUGGCACCACUCGAGCGGCUCGGUGGCGGGCGCCGGCAAGCCGGGCUCGUCGUACGUGACGGAGGGCCAGCUGCACACGGUGGUGGAGAAGAGCCCCGAGAGCAGCCCCACCACGCGGCCCAAGCAGGGCGGCUUCCCGCAGGCCUCGCAGCAGCCCGGCCGGCCCAUGUUCCCCACCAGCAUCUACCAGGUGCCCCCGCCCGAGCCCCACUUUGCACAGAUGCCCACCAGCUGCCCCAGCUCCAGCACCGUCUACCCGGCGCUCGCCAAGGAGAGCCGCUACGCCCCCCAGCGAGAGCCGGGCAUGGUGGUGGUGCUGGGUGGAGGAGGAGGAGGAGGAGGAUCUCACGGUGGAGAGGGCGUGGCGGUGGAGAACGGAUACCAAAGCAGCGCUCCGCACGGUUCCUCCAGCCCUCCUCACCCGGGACACUCGCAGCCCAAAGCGCCCCCGCAAGCACCGCCGCCACACUCCCAGCAUGCCGAGCGAGGCCUGGAGGAGCUCCACGCCAAAUACCGCUCCCACCUGCAGCCCGGCGGCUACCGCCCUCCGGCCCCGUCCAUCGGUCAGGAGAGGAGGGACCCUUACACGCCGGUCCAGCCCAGAGGGGAGAGGCCGCGCUACACGCAGAGCCCGGAGCCCCAGAGCGGCCACAGGCCCGGCGGGGACGAGGAGCACGCCAGACGUCCAGAGCACGGCUCUCUCCCCGAGCCCGUGGCCCCGCAGGGCAAGGUGCCGCAGGGACAGGUGGCCCCCAGCAGCAGGGGCGGCCCCGGUCUGCCCUCCAGGCACUACAGCGAGUCCAGCGUCCACUCCCAGGACCAGGAGCACCUGCUGACGCGCCUGGAGAACGCCCUGGCCGAGGUGCAGCGCUGCGCCAGCCCCGAGAGCGGCAGCGGCAGCGGCGGCAGCGGCAGUGGGCAGCACCCGCAGCUGGACCGCAGCAUGUCCGUGCUGGAGCGGGUGAGUCGCUUCGAGAGGCGCGAGCCGGGCAAAGCGCGCAGCCAGAGCAGCAGCCACGCCCCCAGCUCCAGCUCCGCCCCCUCCCACCGGCCGGCCGCGGGCCCCAAGAGCGCCCUCUCUGGUGUGGAGGACCUGCGCCACGGGCAGGACAGGAGCGCCGUCUCCUACUCCAACAGCCAGGACUACGGCAUGGUGCGCCAGGAGGGCCAGGUGGACCUGCACCAGAGGAGAGCCAGUACUGACCACCAGCCCCCGCACAGGUACCUGCCCGACCCGGCUCUGCAGAGGAGCAAAAGCACCUUCCACCUGGGCGAGGAGAACGGAUCUGGCCUGGGGUGGAGAGACGAGUCCGUGGACAUCAUCGGCGCCGUCCAGGACACGCCGUACAACCGGGCGUACCGGGACAGCAUCAAAGACGCCCAGUCCAAGGUGCUCCGGUCCACCUCGUUCCGCCGGAGGGACAUGAAUCCUCCGCCGGUGCCGGUCAAGCACAUGUCCCUGGAGCGGAAGGGCCCCAGGACCAGCCCCAAGCCCUCCGCCACCUCGCCACACACCCCGAGAGAGCGCCACGUGGUCACCCCUGACCUGUCGGACAGGAGCAGCCCUCCGGAACUGCCCAGCCUCCCGCCGGUGGGUCAGGUGGUGACGCGCAUCGGGGGCCGCAAACGACUGACCAUGGAGCAGAAGAAGCGCUCGUACUCCGAACCGGAGAACAUGCACGAGGUGGGGCUGUCCGACACGGAGACCCGGAAGCAGUUCCUGGUGCCGGAGACCAGCGUGGCGGACCGGCGCAAGAUGUUCGAGAUGGCCGCCCGCCGGAGCCAGCCGGCCGCCCCGCGGCCAGAGCUGCGUCAGAUGCAGCAGGACGCCGUGGCCGAGUACAUGAAGCGCAAGACGGGACGCCGCUCGGAGGGGGGGCGGCCCGCUCGGCCCCUCAGCGCCUACCUCCAGCCGGCCUCGUCCUCGUCCACCGACUCCCGGAGCCUCUCGUCCACCUCCAGCCUGGCCUCGCUGCAGGACCCCGGGCUGGACGGCCUGUCCGGCGGGGGCGGCCGCCAGAUCUACACUCUUCCGGCCAACUUCCACGGGGUCUUCUACCCCGGCGGCCGCUCGCACGGGGAGCCCCAGCAGGCCUCGUACGGCCGGCCCCAGAGCAAGACCCCCGAGCCCCAGUGGCUCCAGGAGCGGCCGGUGGACGGCGAGUGGCUGGCCUCGGCCCCGAGCCUGGCCCAGCCGUCCGGUCCAGAUGCGCCGCGUCACCUCCCGCUCUCCCAGUACCGCGCCGGGGGAUUCGAGAGAGCCGCGCCGGCCCGCAGCUCGGGCAAGUCGGCCUCCGCGGAGGACCUGCUGGACCGGCUGGAGAACCGGCCAGCGCCACAGCACAUCCGCUCCCGCUCCUCGCCCUCAGUGGAGCACUUCAACCAGGAUUUUAUGGCUGCAGAGCUUAGAUCUUUUGGGGCGAUGUCAAUGGAUCUUGCUCCAUCUAGUCACACUGGCAGCAGGUCUCUGGUCAGCGGGAGGCCUGAGCGUCCGGCCUCGGCCUCGGCGGGCAGAAGAGAGCGCUACGUGGUGAACCCGAGCAGCUCCCAGGCGGCGGCGCCCGUGGUGCGGAGGGAGCGCCAGCGGCACGGCGAGCGCCAGCGGGCACAGAGCGCCGCCGGCCUGGCCGCCUCCGUGGGACUGCCCAGCCCCUACUCCCCGCCCAGCAGCAGCAGCAGCGCCGGCCUGGAGUGGAGCGAGAGGCUGUGCCCGGCCAACCUGGACGCCAUCAUGUUCCCCUCCACGCCACACGGUGGCGCUCCGCACCCCUCCAGGAGGGCCUCAGCAGGCAUGACCCGGCAGAACUCCAGUGACACUAGCACCUCAGAGGAGACCAUCAAGGACUUCCCCAGCGGGGGGCCCGGCCAGCGGACGCAGUUGGCACCAAAGACACCCCCGCCCUCGCCCGAACUGCCCCCCAAGACGUCCCGCGGCGCCCCCUCGCCCCCCCAGGUGAAGGCGCCCCACUCCCCCGACGCGCUGUCCCAGCGGCUCACCUCCCUGCGCAUCUCCGAGUCCGCCCUGCGCUUCAGCCCUCCGCCCGCCUCCUCGCACGACGACGACGACGUCUUCCUCCACGAGGUGCCGCCUCCCGCGCCCCCGUCGCCGCCCGUGGCCAUCCGCGAGACGGACAUCACGGAGGACUUCCCCCCGCCGCCGCCGCCGCUCUCUCUCUCGCCCCCUGCAGGAGAGGAGGGCCUCGUGGGCUACUUGGAGCGCCAGCUGCCUCCCGGAUCACCAAAGCCACAGCUCAGUGCGGAGGACAGUGCAGAGGAUUCAGCCAUUGGCGAUGGGAUGGCGAGACAGAGGUACAGCCUCUCGCCUCCUCCCCUGUCUCCAGAGCCCUCUCUCAGCCCCGGGCUGAGUGCCGAGGGCCCAGCUCCCAGCAGCGCUGUCCUGGAGGAGGGCGACGAGAGCCUGGGCCUGGACCCGCGCCUGCUGUCCCGGAGGGAGAGGUCCGAGGCCGAGCGGCGAGUGGAGGCUCUGGCCCGGGAGCUGGUGUCGCGGGACAAGUCCCUGACUCCCCUCCUGGACAGCUGGGCCGGGAGAAGCUCCCUGGACAUGAUGGAGGAGAUCUUCCCUGCCUACGGACAGCGGUCGUCAUGGCAACGAAGGCGGAGCACCGUCAGUCAGGAAGACAGAAGGUCAGGUGAAGCCUGUAACUCCCAGGAGUCCUCGGCCGCGGCCAGCAGGAUGGAGACGGACCUGGACGAGGACGAGGCUGACCUCACACAGAAGCAGGGGGAGCUGCUGCAUGCUCUGGCCCUGAGUGUGGCACUGCUGAGGGGGGAGAAGGAGCAGCUGGCCGGGGAGCAGAAGAGCUGCAGUGCUCUGGGGGGCAGCAUGGAGGCCCUGGUGCAGGAGCGCUGCAAGCCCAACGAGAGGGACAAGUACCGCAUGUUCAUCGGGGACCUGGACAAGAUCGUCAACCUGCUGCUGUCCCUCAGCGGCCGCCUGGCCCGCGUGGAGAGCGCCCUCGCCACCCUCGACAGAGAGGACGAGACCGAGGACAGCGCAGUGGAGAGGGAGUCUCUGCAGCAGAAGCGGCGUCAGCUGUGCAGUCAGCAGGAGGACGCGCACGAGCUCAAGGAGAACCUGGACCGGCGCGAGCGCGUGGUGCUGGACUUCCUGUCCGGCUACCUGAGCGCCGAGCAGCUGCGCGAGCACCGGCGCUACGUGCGCCUCAAGCCCGCCCUGCUCAUCCGCCAGCGCCACCUGGACGAGCUCAUCCGCCUGGGCGAGGAGCAGCUGCAGCGGCUGGCCGAGAGCCUCCCCGCCCUGCCCGACUCGACCGCCGCCGGCCCGGCUCCGGCCCUCGUCCCCACCUCCCCUCGCUCCACCGCCGUCACCUCACUCUGAGUCCAGCCACUCUGACCACUGUGACCAACGCUGCUGCACAUUCAGCUGCUACUGAGGAGGAGGAGGAGGAGGAGGAGGAGGGGAGAUGGAUGAAGAAUGAGACCGGGAUGUUCAAAGAAAUGGGCGGGCUGCACAUACACACACACACACACACACACUCCUAGAUAAGAGCAGACUUGCCCCAUGUUCCAGUGGGGCCAAACUGACCAGUGAGGUCAGAAACUGGUGCCUUGUGUAUUUACGCAUUAGCAAUGUUUUCACCGGCGCCUUGUUUUUGAUGAAGUAGUUCCUGACGGGUCUUAGUAGACCAGUGGCCUUCACUAAGUUGGUCUCAUUCCAGCUGUGCUCUGGUCAGCCGGAUCAGGACACUCGUUUGCCUGAGGCACAGAACAAAGUGGCAACUGAUGAUUUCUGACAGCUGUCCCGUGGGGACGUUCCCCCCCCGCAGCUGUUUCGCUGUUUACUUUGGAUCAAUUAUCACCGUGAUUUUUGAUGUUCUUUUUUUUCACUAUUGGUUAUUGCAGAGCACUUUUUAUUCGGGGCAGAUUGACAACUGCACGCCCUAAACCACACAAGAGGAGGCCGCUCCUUAGACCCACAAACAGGCUUCUCCACGCUUUCAAGAAUCUUUCGCGAUGAAAUAACUUUCUUCAAAACGAUGUUUUUGGAACUCCAUUCUAAAACAAGCUCAAAUGCUGCCAUGACCAACUGCAGUCAUUAUUUAUAUAUAUAAAAUAUGUUUGUAUUACGGAAGUGACUGUACAUAUUAUGUGCCAACAUUUGGUAAUUUUUAAUGUGUAAAAGGAAAAAAAAACACAUUUUAUAUUUUAUAAAAGUGAAGAAAGAGAGAAAUGUCCGUUUUUCUUUGGAGAGAUUGUGAAGUAUCCUGAAGAAGUAGGUGAGUUUACAGUGGGGCUUUAAGAGACAUAAAAGUAUGUUGACACUCAGAACCUUAAGCAGCAGCACGUAAUGCCAUGGAUUACAGGGUUAUUUUCCUUCAACUAACAGAAGCGUGCGUAACGUGAGCUGGUCUCCUUAAUGAGGGACUGAACCUAGUAUCGGACUAAACUGCAUCACCCACAAUCCUGUUCUGCGUGGACAGUCCACUCUUGGCCAGACGAAUGGCCCCAGCACACCACCCCGACAUGUAACAGUCACUUCUUCAGUAAUGUUGGGUUCUCCACCAAUCACACGGAAGCACACAUGAUACACGUAGAUGUAAGAGGCUUCAUGUGACUGCUCCACGGUGUUCAAAUUACACACAGCUUACACCACUGGGGCACUUCCUCCAAAACUGUCAGUGUGUGUGUGUGUGGUUUUCUUUUCCAUUUAUUUGAUGUUUUCAGAGCACCUUUUGAACAUGUAACAGAGUAUCUUACUAAGUCGUAAUACCUGACUGAUAUAUGAAGCACAGGCAAAGUGUCACAUACAAAGUAAUUGUCGUGAGCAUAUUUGCCAGCCAUGGUGCCCUCCACAUUUUACAUGCUUUACUGUUUUGUAAAGGCACAACUGAAAAAAAAAAUCUGAUUUGAUUGCUGGUUGGUUUCUAAUCUUAUGAUAAUCUUGCUGUCCACCUUUAUCCUGUGAGAAAAGUGGAGGACUGUUAAAAAAAAAACCUGCUCUUCAUUUUGCAAAAUAAAUCCGUUUUUA